GGGGGGGGGGCCAGGAACCAACACGUGUCGAAUAAAGUGGGGCAGACAGCGAAAAAGAUGGGAGAGUGGGGCAGGAUACUCCCACACACCUCCACCUUCGCGCCCCACUCAUGCCACUCAUUCCAACAACACGUCAACUGCCCUCUCCCACUGCUUCCUCCCUCCCUCCUCUCCUCUCUCUUCACCAUCAUCCUACCCACCAUGGCCGACAACUCCGUCUCGCCCAACGCCGAGGCCAUCAUCAAGGCAGUGGACAUGUCAGAGGAAAUGCAAAAGGUCGCAGUCAAGGUCGCCGUCGAAGCGCUGGCAAAGUACACCGUCGAGAAGGAUGCGGCCAUGAUUAUCAAAAAGGAGUUUGACCGGCUGUACAGCACGACCUGGCAUUGUGUCGUGGGAAAGCACUUCGGGAGCUUCGUGACCCACGAAACCAAGAACUUUAUCUACUUCUACCUCGGCCCCAUCGCCGUCCUGCUCUGGAAGACGUCCUAGACCUUCUCUGUCUCCGCUUCGAUUCUCGGGCUCGUGUAAUAGAGGGAUGCCAG